AUGGGGUCCAUGAGUCCCGAGAAACAAUGGGAGGUGAUGAUUGUAGGCGGAGGGUUUGGAGGGAUGUAUCUCCUGAACAAGCUCCGCAAAUUCGGGUUCGAUGUCCAUCUCUACGAAGCCGCGAGCACCUUCGGAGGGACCUGGUACUGGAACUGUUACCCGGGGGCCCGUGUCGACUCGAUCGUUCCUACCUACCAAUUCUCGUCCGACGAGACGUGGGAUCAGUGGGAAUGGAGCGAGGCGUACCCGAAGCGCGAGGAGCUCGAGGCGUACUUUCAGCACGUCGGGAAGCUCUGGAGUCUGCACUCGGACGCGACGUUCAACUCGCGUGUUGUCAGUGCGCACUGGGACAUGGCGCAGAAGAUGUGGACGUGCGAGAUAUCGAAUGACCAAGACAACACGACGACCAUCGUCAAGACGCGGAUUUUGCUCUUCUGCGCCGGCCUCGCGGCUGUGCCGUACAAACCACCGUUCAAAGGAGUCGACGACUUCAAGGGAAGUAUAUACCACACGUCGAGAUGGCCACGCGAAGGCGUCGAUCUCACGGGGAAGCGAUGCGCCGUCAUCGGCACCGGAGCCACGGGAGUCCAAGUUGUCCAGGAAGUCGGGCCAGUGGCAUCGCGACUGACCGUGUUUCAGCGGACGCCGAACACAGCAUUGCCGAUGGACCAGGCCGCGCUGAGCAGAGAAGACAACAACAAGCUGAAGAAGGAGAUGCCGGAGACGAUAGAGCUCGCCAAGGCCACGUGGGCGGGCUUCCUGUACUCCUGGCACGACAAGUGCGCGAUGGAAGACAGCCCGGAGGAGCGGGAGAAGUUCUACGAGGAGUUGUGGAAGAGAGGAGGCUUUGGUUUUUGGGUCGGCAACUACAAGGACACGUCGUUCACGCAGGAGGCCGCCGACGCGGCGUACGCGUUCUGGCGGAAGAAGACGGCGCCCCUGAUCAAGGACCCCUACAAGCGAGAGAAACUGUGCCCCGAGAAGGCUCCGAACCCGUUCGGCACCAAGCGGAUAUCCUUGUACAGGACCUAUUUCGAUGUCUUCAACCUGCCCACCGUGGACCUUAUCGACGUCAACGAGAACCCGAUCGACGAGUUCACAGAGAGGGGAAUCAAGCUGCAGGACGGCAAGGAAAUCGAGCUGGAUGUCAUCAUCUUCGCCACGGGCUUCGACACCAUCACCGGUGGCCUCACGCACGUCGACAUCCGCGGCAUCGACCCGUCCUUCACGCUCGGGGAGAAGUGGAAGAAGGGCUGCCAGACGUACCUGGGCAUGUGCAGCAACGGGUUCCCGAAUUUCUUCUGGGUCUACGGCCCCCAGUCGCCCGGUCCGUUCUCCAUCGGCCCCAACUGCAUAGAGUACCAGGGCGACUGGCUGACGGACUUGUUGCGCGACUUGCGGAGGGACAAGAUCACCACGAUCGAAGCCACGCUGGAGGCCGAGCAGAAGUGGAGGGAGGGCAUUCUUGAGGCCGGCGACAAGGGUCUCUUCAAGUACGCAAAGAGCUGGUGGUUCGGCGCCAAUAUCCCCGGAAAGCCCAGGGAGUGCUACAACUACAUGAUGGGCAUGCCGCAGUAUAGGAAGACGUGCGGCGAGGUCAGGAAGAAUGGGUAUGAAGGAUUUCAACUGAAGUGA